AUGCAGUUCGAAAACCUGCGCGCCGUCGGAUUUCGGUCUGAUGGACCGUAUGUGCGUUUCAGCGAUUUCUGUUGGUCGUUCGAUUGUCCGCGACCCGGCUCAGAGAUCGAAUUUCUCAAUUUGACACUGAAAGUUAUGAACGCGACGGCUACAAUUCUACGAAUCGACGCAACAAUCGAUGAUGCAAUUAUAAUGGUUUCUAAUGGCUCGGCGGAUUUUACUCUCGUCACUGCAAUUCAAACAUUAGACCGAAUGAACAUAGUAGAUUUCACAACCCCAAUCGGUUUCACCUAUUAUGGCUAUAUCCAUAAGGAAAUUCCCGAGCUCGCCGUGGCUGAUUAUAUAUUGAACGCAUUCUAUGUUGAUACACUCGCACUUUUGAUACUGUUGGGAAUAAUUGUUGGAUCAUUGAUCUUCCUUUAUACAAAAAUCUUCAACGUCAGAAAAAAGUCAUUGAUUGAAUGGAUGCUCGUUGCGUGCUCCGGAAUCCUCCGGCAAUUCAUGUUUCGCAUUUCAACGCCGAUUUGUGCAAUAAUUCUGAUAGGCGUUUGGCUUCUUUGUUGUCAAGUCAUUAUCACAUAUUACGAGGCAAAGCUUAAAAGCUUCUUGCUGCUUUCACAGCGUCGCGGAACUAUAUUUAAUGAUUUGGAUGAUGUUUUGAAUGCAGUCGAACACGAUGGCUGGAUUAUGGUUCUUCAAGACCAAGGAUACACUCCGUAUAUGUUCUGCAAGAAGGAGCAAUGCGAGAGAUUGGAUCGAUUGUCUAACAAAUUCCUCAACAUUUCGUCCGAGGAAAACAUUAUUCCAUAUUUGGAAUUGGACAAACAUGUUGGAUUUAUAGCGUUCACUAGUGAUGUUUCACAAACUCGAAUUUCGUAUUUCAAUUAUGAGCAUAGGAUAUUGUUUGUACGCGACGGAGUGAUGGCACCCGAAUUUCUAGCCUACGCGGUCCCGAAAACAUUUCCAGAACUUCGCGAGAAAUUCAACAGAGCUUUGGCAAUUACAAAAGAUUCAUAUGGCACAAUUCAAACGCGCUAUCUUCCAGCAUUUAUCGAUUAUUCAACAGCCGUCAGACAGAAUCAAAAUGUUACUGUUCUGGAAACCACUCAUUUCAUUCAACUUUACAAAUUCCUAUUGAUCCUCUACGGAAUCGCGGUGAUCAUCUUAUUACUAGAACUCUCAUUUCGCUGGAUUAUUCGAUAUUACUAUCUGGAUUCAGAUUCGUACCGGUUUGUCGGAUUCGAUUGGCGCUUCUUGCGUCCACAAUGGCAAUACCGGCAUUUUCCUCGCAACCAGACCAUUGUUCUUCCUAUGCGUCGAAGUCAUAGUCCGAUUCAUUUUAGCUUCAAACCUUAUUAUGCCACUUACUAG